CCACCCGGCUGUGGUCCGAGCCCGGCCACCCUUGCAGGUCAGGUGCCCCGUGCCCGGCGCCCCGCGCCCUGCCUGGCCCCCUGCGCUCAACGCCCCGGCGCCUGGCCCCGACUAUACCGCCUCGCCCCAGUGUGCCCGGACCCGACACCCUGCCUUGUCGCCUUCUUUUCCCUCGGAGGACCGGAAAGAGCAGCCCCGGGGGCCGGGCCAGGGCCUGCACACCCCUAGAAAGGAGCCGGUGUGAUCCUGACAGGCAGAGAUGGGGAAAAAACUGGAUCUUUCCAAGCUCACGGACGACGAGGCCAAGCACAUCUGGGAAGUGGUUCAGCGGGACUUUGAUCUGAGAAGGAAAGAAGAGGAAAGGCUGGGGGGAUUGAAGGACAGGAUUAAGAAAGAGAGCUCCCAGAGGGAGCUGCUCUCAGAUGCGGCCCACCUGAAUGAGACCCACUGCGCCCGCUGCCUGCAGCCCUACCGGCCCCUCGAGGCCCCCAAGAGGCAAUGCCUGGAGUGUCACCUCUUCACCUGCCAAGACUGUAGCCACGCCCACCCGGAGGAGGAGGGCUGGCUCUGUGACCCCUGCCACCUGGCCAGGGUUGUGAAGAUGGGCUCACUGGAGUGGUACUACGGGCACCUGAGAGCCCGCUUCAAGCGGUUCGGGAGUGCCAAAGUGAUCCGGUCCCUGUGCGGGCGGCUGCAGGGUGGAGGUUUGCCUGACAGGGCACGUGACUCACCUGACCUCCACAGUGGGCCUGAGCCAAGCCCUGGAGAGGGAAGUGGAGACAGUGAGCAGACAGAAGACGAUGGAGAACUGGACACAGUGGCCCAGGCCCAACCCCUUGGGAGCAAAAAAAAGCGCCUCUCCAUUCACGGCUUGGACUUUGAGGCAGACUCUGAUGGCUCGACUCAGUCCUGCGGUCACCCCCCAUAUCUGUCCCCGGUCCCGAUGGCCACAGACAGCCUGCAGGCCCUCACAGGUGAAUCCCGUGCCAAGGACACCUCCCAGGAGGCCAUGGUCCUGGAAGAGGCUGAUGUCGGUGCCCCUGGACUCCACCCUCAUCCAGAAGAGCAGACAGACAGCCUCUCAGCUGCCAGACAGGACACCCUCACGGAGCCCCGCUUCCCCAGACAGUCCUGCACAACAGCCCUGGGGUUGGCUGUCACACCCGGUCCGGGCGUCAUCACCAGUAGUGAGCGGCUCUCCUCCCGGUACCCGGCUGACGAAGGCACCUCCGAUGACGAGGACGCCGCGGCUGACGGUGUGGCCUCCCAGAGCCUCACGUGGAGGGACUGCGCCCCGGCUGAGAGCCAGCAUCUCACCGGCCACCAGCCCACAGACGCCGACAGAGAAGAAGAGACCCUAAAGAGGAAGCUGGAGGAGAUGACCAGCCGCAUCAGUGACCAGGGGGCCUCGUCCGAGGAGGAGGGGAGCAAGGAGGAAGAGGCAGGACUGAACAGGAAAACCUCCAUCGAGGACACACCCGGGGCAGCCCCAGAGGUGCUCGUGGCUGCGGGCCAAACGUCCAGACAGGAAACAAGCCCCCGGGGUCCUCAGGAACUCAUGCAGCCCGGCAGAACCACGGACCAGGAGCUGCUGGAGCUGGAAGACAGAGUGGCCGUGACGGCCUCCGAGGUUCAGCAGGUGGAGAGUGAGGUUUCUAACAUCAAGUCCAAGAUUGCCGCCUUGCAGGCUGCCGGGCUCUCGGUGAGACCCUCGGGAAAGCCCCAGCGGAGGUCCAACCUCCCGAUAUUUCUUCCCCGACUCGUUGGGAGAUUGGGCCAGACCCCUAAGGAUCCAAACGCAGAGGCUUCGGAUGAGGUCAAGGUGAUGACUGCACCCUACCUUCUGAAAAGGAAGUUCAGUAAUCCCCCAAAAAGUCAAGAUAAGGCUGGCGACUCCUUUGACCGGCAGUCAGCGUACCGCGGAUCCCUGACGCAGAGAAACCCCAACAGCAGGAAGGGAGUGGCCAACCACAGCUUUGCAAAACCCGUGAUGACCCAGCGGCCCUGAAGGGGGGUUGUCAGAAGAGGACGGAGCGACCCCGGAGCCCCGGCUUUCCCUCCACCUCAGCCAUCACGUUCCUCCGCCUGCCGUGCACUUUGUGCUGCACUCAGUCCAGCGGAGAGAUGCGACGGAACAGCGUCCAUAAUGGAACCCCACCUGCGAGGGGACUGCCGUCGUCAGACCUUCAGCUAUUCGCCCACGUUCCCUGACGCCCUCCGACACCACCCCUGCCGGCCUGCUCUGAUCCGUGAGAAACAUCUAAGCUGACACUCUUUCCUUUAGGACCGUGUUCAACUUUUUGAAGGACACAAAGUA